UUUUUUUUUUUUUACGGGAUCGAAAUCGAAUCGCGUUCGAUCCACGAGAGAGGAGAUAACGAUCUGUUGUUGUGAAGCGUGGUUGGUGUAAGUUUAACAUAAAAAAAAAAAAAAAAAAAAAAAAAAAAAAAACAAAUUUUGAAUAUACGGGCUCCACGUUCUUUUUCUUCACGCCCCCCCGCCGAGAAUUUCUCCUCCCCCGUCCAUUCUCUUCUCCGUCCAGGAAUAUAUCGAUAAAUGAUACGAACGAUUUUUAUAACGAUAUAAUUUACGAGAAGUUAUUUUUUUGUAAUCAUUAAAGAGAGAAAAUUAUCGAAUAAUCGUCGACUUCUUAAUAAUUUUUUAUUUUUACUUGAAGAGAGAAGGGGAAAAAAUAUGUAAGAAUGUCUUUUUCUACUAAGUAUACACUUGGAUACACGUAUUAUUAUUAUUAUUUAUUCUAUGUAAAUAGUUAUUUCAUUUCCACUUAACGUCCCGUGUGUGUAUAACCUUCACCCACCUUCGGAUUUCUGGUAGAAUUUCGAUGAUCGAUCAUCUCCUCGUGUUAUCAUCAAUAUUGACAGGCUACAGAACUAUCGCCGUGUUUUGAUGGAUCGACCAUAAUACCGCCAUGUUUAAUCGAUUUGAUUCAUUGCUUUUUUCUUCUAAAUUGUAUAUAAGCGACGCUUGUCCUAUCCCCUUCCCCUGAUAAAUGUAAUUAUUUUUCGUAUAUAGAAAAUACAUUACAUUAGAACGUAUCCAUCGUGAUUGGAAAGGGAAGAAGGGAUUGAUAAAUUACGAUAAGAGACUGGAAGAGACGCUUUCGGCCGACGAGUUGUUGACUCGUACUACUUACGAUCCGUGUAUCUCUCUCUCUCUCUCGCUACGGAUGAGCGUACGUGUAGGAGGAAGAAGACCGAGGGUGAGGCGUCUGCAAACAUUUCUAUACCCUGUCUAUCUAAUCCACUGGCGCUAGUCACUUCAAUUUCAGAAUUCGAAAGACUCGCAUCACCGUCCUGCCGUUUUCUAUCCGUUUCUUCGAUCGAGUUCGACAUUUUUUGUAUUUUUUUAAAUUUUUAAUUUUUUUUUACCAAGUGUAUCACACAUACAUAUAUAUAUAAUUCACGAUGGCCGAAUUCGAGGGAUCGAAAGUUACGAUCGACGAAGCAUCGGUUGCGGAACAUUUUUUGCUCGAACCGAAACGAAAAUGCAUUGAAUUGAUGGAAUACGGAAACAUCACGUCGCAAUCUAAUCAUUGCCCGUCAUAUUUUGACGAUCUGUUUUGCUGGCUGUACAAGGCAUCCGACAUUACCGUUUUACCAUGUCAACCCGAAACCGGCCCAUUAAACCAAUUAGAUCCCGCGACCAAUUCAGCUAUAAACUCGGAUACACCUGUUGCAACGACAAUGGCGACGAAAGUUUGCCUUUGGUAUUCAAAUCCUGAAAAUAUUCGCGAGAGCUUGUGCGAAUUGUCCGACGAGUUCACCAAUCGUGUGAAUUUAUUAGGACUUCGAUCGCGAGAUUACAAAAAUUUUGAAUCCUUGUUGAACAAAUGGCUGCCCGUCGUCAGGAUCGUCUCUCAAAUUGGAUAUUCCACGUCCUUCGCCAUGUUGAUCAUAGCGAUGAUCAUUUUCUCGUUGCUCAGAAAACUGAGAAAUCCAAGGAACAGAUUGCACAUGCAUUUGUUCGCCUCGUUCAUAAUGAGAGCGUUCAUGACACUGGUCAAAGAUUGGACGUUCGUCGAUGGUAUCAGCCGAAUUGUGGACGUCACUUACGUUGGAAACGAUGCUUUUAUCAAGAAACGAAACUUACAGAUAAUAAUCUGCAAGGUGGUCACAAGCGGGUGGCAAUACUUUAUCGUGGCUAAUUAUUCUUGGAUCCUGAUGGAGGGUCUCUACUUGCACAAUUUGAUCGUUUGGGCAUUCUGCGCGGAUAGCGAAGCGAUCAGUUUGUACGUUUUGAUGGGAUGGGGAUUACCUGUUUUCGUGGUUGUACCUUGGAUAAUAAUUCGCGCCACUAUCGAGGACACGCUUUGCUGGACCAUUCACGACAAUCCUUCCCUCUUUUUGCUUAUAAGAAUUCCCAUUAUGAUAUCAAACUUGUUCAACUUCCUACUGUUCCUCAACAUAGUACGUGCUCUGUUCAUUAAAUUCAAAACGUCAGUACAUCUGCAACGAAAAAAGAUGCAAUACAGUAGGUGGGCCAAAUCUACUCUGGUAUUGGUACCGUUGUUUGGCGCUCACUACACGCUAUUCCUGGGCUUUUCGUAUCAUGCAGAUAAACGCAUGGAACUCGUUUGGCUCUUCUUCGAUCAAUUAUUCGUCUCUUUUCAAGGCUCUUUCGUUGCUUUGCUUUAUUGUUUGUUGAACGUCGAAGUCAGAACGGAAAUUAAACGAGCAUGGAGAACAAGAUGGUCGAGGAAUGCAAAUAUUUUCGUGUCCACGUGUCAAGAAUCAAAAAGGAGAAAAGCUAUUCGUCGCUACAGAAAAUCGAACGAUUACGAUCAUCUCACCAGUACAAGUUUGAAAACUGUAUUGCAAUCUGAUAGAAGAUCGAAUGACUUUUGGCCAAAUGUUUUAGAAAUGGAGACAGAGUAGAAAGAAUUUUAAGAAAGAACAAUUUUAUAUCCUAUAGAUAGAUGAUUACAUAGCUUUUUUUUUCAGAGGAAUUUUAAUUUUAACAUCGUAAAAAUGUAUAAAG